AUUUGCGUUUAGGUUCAUAAACACAAAAACAAUAUUUUAAAUUUAAAAAAUCUAUCUCAACCUAUUUGCCUGUAAAUUUAUCACGAGUGUCUUCAUUUUGUAGUUUACGCAUAUUUCCUCGCCGGUUAUGUGCGAGCCGUGAAAAGCCAGGCACGAGAAUGUAAUCACGAAUAUUCGCGUGACAUUAUCAGAUAAUAUUUAUUGAACAUCUGUUAAGAAAAUUUGAAACGAAACAAGAGCGCUACAGUGAUACCUAUAUCUGCAGGGGAAAAAACCCCUCGAAUAACGGCAAUGGCAAGAAAAUGAAACAGCCAAGAUGGCGCUUGAGACCGAGUCUUAUGCCAAAUCUUUUGACACUCCUAUAGUGCUAGCUCGUGCCCUUGUAAAGAUAACGUGUGUAGUGAUAAAACGUUACAGUGUUUAUUCCCUAAAUCUAAAGUACUAAUCAAAAUAUAAAAUAAAUAAUAAUGUUCCAUUGUAGAUACAAAAAUAUAAUUUUUUAAGAAUAAUAAUAAUACUGUGAAUGCAGUUUUUCGUAUAUUUCUUUACACAUAUAUUACGGCGAGCAUAAAGUGAUUGCGCGUGCCAUUUUGUUCCACAAAUAUAUCUGUUUCACGUGCAAUGAACUUCGUCCGAUCACGUAGUUUUACCACCGCACUUGGACUUCAUGACUGCGCCGCCAUGACAGUCCCCGCAGCCGCGUCCUUGCUGCUGCUCGCCAGCCUGCUGCUGCUGAGGGCCGUCUGCAGUCGGGCCGAGGGCGAGGAGGCUUGCGAGACACUGCCCUCGGAGCUGCACAUCACCAAGGAGGAGUUUGACGAGCUGGGCAGGCUGCAGCGCACUUGCAAUGGAGACGUGCAGGUGAACAAGUGCGAGGGCGCGUGCAACUCCCAGGUGCAGCCCAGCGUCAUCACGCCCACGGGCUUCCUCAAGGAGUGCUACUGCUGUCGGGAGAGCUUCCUCCGGGAGCGCACCAUCGCGCUCACGCACUGCUACAACCCCGACGGCGUGCGCAUCACCGACGAGCUGUCCUCGCUGGACGUGAAGCUGCGGGAACCCGUGGACUGCAAGUGCUUCAAGUGCGGCGACUUCUCGCGCUAGUGUCCGUCGCCCGUUCAUCUUGCGAGGUGCCCCUGCGAGCUCCGCUGUUGCCGACGAGCAAUCUUCAGUAGACGGCAGCAACGGGAUGAUAAGACCUCAACAACAAUGUCUAAUUUAUCAGUUUUUAAAAUGGAAAACUAGGCAAUGAUUUUUAAUCAUAUAAAAUAAAAAACCAUAUAAAUGUGAAUGUUUCAUCCCUGAGUUAGUUAAGUCAAGUAUUUUUAUCAUGUCGGAAAAAAAGGCAUGUGUUUUGUUUGUAGAUAAGUUUAAAAUAAAUAUUUUUAUGAAGGAAAAAAAAAGGUUGAUUUCGUUACAUUAUGCCGAAAUAUUAAUGUGAAAUACUUUAAAUUUAAUACAAUCCUACUUUGCCGACAUAAAAAAAUUAUUCUUUAUAGAGCAUAAAACUUAAGUUACGAGUCAAAAUCUGAUUUCACUGAUGUUAAGUACAUAACCUCCACAACAUUGGCCCAACUAGCCUCACACAGGGUGCUAUCCUCAUGCUGACCACACACCACACAAAGGACACUGCCCAUCAGUGCUCGCUUAUGUCACUGAAGCACUGGCCACUGGAAUCCCUGAGUACAUCACCUCUCAGCCUCUGUAAGUGUAUUAUGUUGACAACUGAUCGGGAUGACUGUGUAGUUACUUAUGUCCCUCUUUUCUGGUAUAACAGGAAGACAUGCCAAUUAUUUUGACUAUGCUUUAAGGCACAUUCCAAUAAGGAAUAACUUGAAAUUAUUUCCACGCUUGCCCAAACAAAUCUGAUUGAGCCCAGAUAUAUGUUUUGUGCAAACAUAGUAAUUAUUUUUUCGCAAGUUAUCCUAGUGGAUGUACACCUUUAGUUCAAAAAGUAAAUUAGUGUGUCUUGAAUUAUUAUAGUAGAAGAAAAUAAUUAAUUGUAAAUUUUAAGAUUUUUUAUGUGUAAACAUCAUAGCAAUCUGUAUACAGCAUUUGGUAGGAUUAAUUUCGAGAAUGGAACGAAAACAAUUGGGAUGGAAAUGUAUUCCUAAACAUGGUGCUGCUAUCUCAAAAUCUCAAUACCAUGGGUGACCCGCAUGAGUCAUCCAUUUAUAUUAACUUUCGUGUAUUUUGAGGGAUGUACUAAAUGUAUUGGUAUGCCAAACUAAUCUUCAUAAUAGUAACUAUCCUUUAAUACUUUAUGGUAUAAUUUAUAGUCAUAAAAAUAAAUAAUUACCCUACACCUUUAAAAUAUGCAAAACCAUUUUGACAAUCCUACGUUAAUAUUGAAAUGUAGAGAUAGAGUAACCUUCGACAUACAGUAGAGCCACAAUAAAUUGUUAGGCUACGAAUGAACAUCACCAUUGAUUGAUAUAUUAUCGCCCGCAUGAUAAUCUAUAGGAAGGUAUUUGUACUUUUCAACAUUUGAAUGUAAUAAUUAUAAGAUACAAAUUGGCAUACAUCAUUUACCAUACUGUAAACCAUAGACAAUAGUUUCAUCAAUUAUGGUUCAAUCUGAUCGCAAGUAACACAUAUAUCCAGAAGAAGGGAAAAAAAACACCCUCUGGAAGAUGUCUCACCUGCUAGAUGGUAACAGUUUCUCCUCAGUUUGUUCCAGGGUUAGAUAUGUGCUGCACCACAGGGGACAUCCUCAUUAUCAUCUGAUCUAACUAUAUCCAUAGCAAGAGUAAUAAACCUUGUAUCUCUGGCCUCCACAGUAUGUUUCAUUUAUGGGCUGAUUAUUAAUAUAUUUAUACACUCUGGCAUUUUGAUCUCAGUUACGUAAAACCAUGCCUGGACACAAAAUGUGCCCCAGGCCCCAGCUUACUAACAUAAUCUUCGAGACUUUCUAACGAUUCACCCACACACUGGGUCGCUAAUUGCAGUGACACAUGCACCAACACUUCACUUUGAAUUAC